AUGCCUAUUAUGUGGCCUGGGUCGACUUGGCCAAUUCAUCGUCACAAGCCAGCUUGCGGUCAUGGUGGACGGUCUCGCACAUCUCACCGAGUCGAAUCGCAGCAAUGCUACGGGGCCGUCCAAUACCGACUCUCCGCUAUAGUCAUGACUAUUCUCAAGAAUCAUAUACCCAAAGCGCUGAUGCUUUUGAUGCAGAAGACAUCAUGCGGCUCAGGCUAUCAUAUUACGUACGACUGCAAGUGUUGGGACAAAGCGAUGCCAACUGGCGCAGGAACCCAAUCAACUCUGGACGAGUGA